GCGAGCACUGCGGGCCUUGAGAGGGCUGGUGAGGUUGAAGUCUCUGUUAGACGGCAAUUCUGUGAAGCGCCAAGCGACGAACACAUUACGUUGCAUGCAGACGCUCUCCAGAGUUCAAUCACAGAUCCGUUCGAGGAGACUAAGAAUGAACGAGGAGAACCAGGCUCUUCAUCGUCAGCUGCUUCUCAAGCAUGAAAGAGAACUCGAAAGUUUGAGGAUGGGAGAAGAAUGGGACGACAGUCUUCAAUCCAAGGAGCAGAUUGAAGCAAGUCUGGUAAACAAGCAAGAGGCCGCGAUAAGAAGAGAACGAGCACUAGCUUAUGCAUUUUCUCAUCAGUGGAAGAGCUCUUCGAGAUCAGCGAAUCCAAUGUUUAUGGAUCCAAACAACCCACAAUGGGGGUGGAGCUGGCUGGAGCGGUGGAUGGCGGCAAGAUCUUGGGAGAUCCAAAGCAAGACGGAUAAGGAAAACAACACUGAUCGCGCCUCUCUGAAGGCCACCAAUCAGAACACUGGGGAAGGAGAGAUAACCCGAGCCUACGCUCGUCGCGAAACCAAACUGGACCGCCCCUCACCCCCAACCCCGAAACCGAAUUCGAUCAGGCCUGGAACCCGAAAAUCCCCCUCUACCCCCAACUCUCGGGCGCCGAAGAUCAAAUUGGAUAGUCCUAGAAAUGGAUUGAGUCAGUUGGAAGAUGAUGUGAAAAGUAUAGUAAGUGCGCAAUCUGAGCGGAUCAGGAGGCAGAGCAUCGGGGGAUCACCGUCGAUCAGGGACGACGAGAGUCUCGCGAGCUCUCCUUCACUUCCUAGCUAUAUGGUGCCGACAGAGUCUGCUAGGGCUAAGUCUCGCUUGCAGAGCCCAUCAAUCGAAAAGAUUAUUAAGACUCCGGAAAAAGGGUCGGCUGGAUCGAUUAAGAAGAGGUUGUCUUUCACUGCAGGGGAUAAACACAACAGCGCAUUGCCGCUGAUUACAAGGAGGCACUCAGGCCCUCCUAAGGUGGAUAUCGCCGCCAUGAAGGGUAUAGAAGUUCGUUCGGAGCUCGACGCAACCAAUGGUGCGAACCAGUGACUGGCCGAGCUUGAAACAAGGCUACUUAAAAGCAAAUUUAUUUAUCUGAAUUUGAUUAAUUGGUUUGAGUUGUUCAUUUAUCGGGGCUAAGUUUGCUGCUACUAGAUUAUUGUGAUGCAUUCAUUUCCUAGUCCUAUCCUAUUUACCACAUUAUUAUUUGUUGUUGUAAUUGAACGCAUGAAGAUUUGGUUUAAGUUUCUGAGAAAAGAUGUCUGAGUUGUGGCACACUUCUGUCAAUUUA